AAUUAGAAAUAGAAUCUGCUUUUGCACUUUGCAAUGAAAGACAAUGGUGAAAACGCUUGAAGAUGGCUAGUGAUGCUGCAGAAUGCAACAUUGCGCAGGAGGGGGGAAAAUCCCGUUUGCCAGCGUCACCACUGGACUAAAACGAACAUUUCUGACAAAGAUGCGUUACAUUUAGCUGGGAAGACGCGAAAGACGGGUGCGGAAAAGGGCAGCAAUCGGACCGGGCUUCAGGACGGCAAGGAGAUGGAAGGGGACGGAGACUGCAGAUCUCGACAAAUUCAAUGAGCUCAUUCUCGCAGGACGAGAUGGAGGGCGGGGUUUACAGCAUCAUCAUUUCAGUGUGCAUUGUACCGCUGCUGAUGUUGGGCAUCGGAAAAAAAGGCAAGCCAUGGAUACGGAUCCGAGGAAUUUAGGCCUUACACCAUCGCGGAGAUUAAUUACACGGUCAUCUGAAUGCUAGGAUAAUGGGGAAGAGGAAGGACUGGAAUCCCUGGAGGUCCUCAGUUCAUUUCUUUGUGGCGGUGGACAUUUCCGAAUGAGAGCGUUCGAUCCGUAGCAUCCGAUCCAAUGGCGAAGAAAGGACGUUCCAAGGGGGAGAAGCCCGAGGUGCUGAUAUCCGCCCUACAGGCGGCCAACGAGGACCUCCGGUCCAAACUGACCGACAUUCAGAUAGAGCUGCACCAGGAAAAAUGCAAGGUGAGCAAGCUGGAGCGGGAGAAGGUGCAGGAGACGAAGCGGAUCCGGGAGCAGGAGCAGCACCGGCACACGGCGGCGCUGACCGACCUGCGGGCCAAGUGGCACGAGGAGAAGCAGAAGGAGCUGCAGGCGCUGCGGGAGGCGCUGGUGCGCCAGCACGAGCAGGAGCUGGCCCGCACCGCCAAGAUCAAGGACGGCGAGAACCAGAAGCUGAAGGCGGCGCUGGGCGCGCUGCGGGACGGCAGCGGGGAGAAGGUGCGCACCGCGCUGACGCUGGAGGCGCGCGAGGAGGCGCGGCGCUUCUUCGACUCGGAGCGCGUCAAGCUCCUGCAGGAGAUCGCCGAGCUCAAGGCCACCAAGAAGCAGACGGACGAGGCGCUCAGCAACAUGAUCCAGGCCGACAAGAUGAAGGCCGGGGACCUGCGCACCGAGCACCAGAUCCACCAGGAGCAGAUCUCCAAGAUCAAGUGGGACUGCGAGCGCGACAUCCGCAGACUGGUGGACGAGAUCAAAGCCAAGGACCGGACCAUCUUCUCGCUGGAGAAGGAGCUGGAGACGGCCACGGGCUUCCUGCAGAAGCUGCAGCUGCAGAAGGACGCUCUGGACGAGCAGCUCUUCCUGGUCAAGGAGGCCGAGUGCAACCUGGGCAGCCCCAAGAGGGAGAUCCCGGGCCGGGCCGGGGACGGCGCCGAGCACUGCGGCAGCCCGGACAUGCGCAGGAACCAGAGGCGCAUGGCAGAGCUGAACUCAACCAUCCGCAAGCUGGAGGACCGCAACAGUCUGCUGGUGGACGAGAGGAACGAGCUGCUGAAGCGCGUGCGGGAGUCCGAGAAGCAGUACAAGCCCCUGCUGGAGAAGAACAGACUGCUCAGCCGACGGAACGACGAGCUGACCCAGUCCCUGCAGCGGCAGGAGGACAAGCUCAAGACCCUCACCAAGGAGAACCUGGAGAUGAAAGAGAAGAUCGGCUCCCACCCUCCUCUGAAGAAGCUCAGGUCUCUGAACGACCUGGACCAGGCCCACGACGAGCAGGAGAUCGAGUUCCUGAAGCUGCAGGUCCUGGAGCAGCAGAACAUGAUCGACGAGCUGACCAGAGAUAGAGAAAAACUUCUACGCAGGAAGAGGCAUAAACGAAGUUCGAGGCCCAUUAAGAGGCACAUCGUUGUGGACACGUUCUUCGGGUACGACGAAGAGUCGAUGGACUCGGAGUCUUCCUCGGUGGCUUCCUUCCGGAUGGACCGCACCCCGGCGACUCCGGACGAGGAUCUGGACGAGGGCCUGGCUGCGGAGGAGUCAGAGCUCCGGUUUCGGCAGCUGACCCGGGAGUACCAGGCGCUGCAGCGCGCCUACGCCCUCCUGCAGGAGCAGAAGGGGGGCAUCCUGGACGCAGAGAUGGAGGCAAAGGCCCACGAGCAGCUGCAGGCAGACACUCUCAGGUACAAGGCCAAAAUCGAGGACCUGGAGAAGGAGCUGACGCUGAAAGGACAGGACUCAAGAUGGGUGGAGGAUAAGCAACUGUUCAUUCGACGAAAUCAGGAGCUUCUAGAAAAGAUUGAAAAGCUGGAAGCAGACCUCAGUCGCCUACAGCAGGAGUUACAGGACUCCAAAGACCAGAAUGAACUGCUGGAGUUCAGAAUCCUGGAAUUGGAGGAGCGGGAGCGAAGAUCACCCCCGUUUAACCUCCAGAUCCACCCCUUCUCAGAAGGGGUCAGCGCCCUGCAGAUUUACUGCAUGAAGGAGGGGGUGAAGGACGUCUGCAUUCCUGACCUCAUCAAACUGCUGGACAUUCUCGGCGAUAACGGGAACCUACGGAAUGAAGAGCAAGUGGCCAUCAUACAAGCCAGUACUGUUCUCUCACUAGCAGAAAAGUGGAUCCAGCAGAUCGAGGGCACAGAGGCGGCACUGCAUCAAAAGAUGAUGGACCUGGAGCUGGAAAUGGAAAUGUUCUGCAAACAGAAAGGCUAUCUGGAAGAGGAACUGGACUACAGAAAGCAGGCCCUAGACCAAGCCUAUAUGCAAAUCCAGGAGCUGGAGGCCACGCUGUACAACGCCCUGCAGCAGGACACGGUCAUCAAGUACGGCGAGCCGCUGAGCGACAAGCAGAAGGACGAGCUGCGCAUGGCCGUGGACAAGCUGCGCAGGCAGAUGCUGCGCAAGAGCCGGGAGUACGACUGCCAGGUGCUGCAGGAGCGGAUGGAGCUGCUGCACCAGGCCCACCAGCGCAUCCGGGAUCUGGAGGACAAAACGGACAUCCAGAAGAGACAAAUCAAAGACCUGGAGGAGAAGUUUUUGUUUCUGUUCUUGUUCUUCUCUCUCGCCUUUAUUCUCUGGCCUUGAAGCCCAUGACGUCGUCUGCAGAGACAGUGUGGCAGUGGUGGGGAAAUUUUAACACGACUGCAGCUUUUUUUUUUCUCCGUCUUGUGAUGAACCAAGCCUCCUUCGCAGCUCUCGUAUGUUUUUACCGGCAAGGGGGGGGGGGGCGCUCCUGACCGGAUUUGUAGUGAAAACAGAUGGGCGUUGCGGGAGGUUUGACUCGUUUCCUUGGAGACCACCCCCCAGUACCCCCUGCCGUGUGCUGCAGUGGCCUGGACCCUGUGCCACCGUACCAACGGAACCCUUUUAAAUUUGGUGGAACCCCUGUUAGCCAGACCCCCCCCCCUCCCCCCUGCAAAACAAACCAACACAAAUCUCAGAUGUCAAGAAAACCAAAGUUGGGAAAACCUUAUCUCUGCCGUGCAGGGGACCUCCUCAGUACCUGAACAUGCAGUAACGCAGGAGUAGCGCAGGAGUAACACUGGAGUAACGCAGGAGUAACACUGGAGUAAGGAAGAAGUAACGCAGGAGCGGUACAGCCGUGGAGGGAGAAACCCCACUGAAACCCCACUCUUUCUGACUGAACGGUUGACUGCAGAUGACCUUUAUAUACCUCUAUUCUUCUUUCUCUUGGGUUCGCUUCUCUCUCUCAUUCUGUCUAUGUUAGCCACACAAACACACACUCACGCACACAUGCACAAACAGAAAUACCAACACGGGCAUACAUGUGCAAGCAUGCAUGCGCACACACACACACACACAUGCAUGCACACACACACACACACACACACACACCCAAACAUACACACACAGCACACACAUACAUACACACACACAUACACACACACACACACACGCACAUGUGUACACACACGCGCGCACACACACACAAACACACACGCACAUGUGUACAUACACACGCACACACACACACACACGCAGACCUCACUCAGGACCUUUGAGCAGAGGUGACUCACCUUUCUGUAACGGAACACAGGACCCCAGAGGAGGAGGGGGGACGAUCCUUCCGCUCCCUGUAAACGGACCCGGCGAGAACGAGAGAGAGAAAUACAUCGAAAGAGGAGAAAGAGAAAGAGAGACUGACAGGGUCAGCUCUGGCCUUCCCUCUCUGACUCCCCCCCCCCAAACCGAAACCACCAUCUUUAUUUUAAAAAAAGGACAAAAUGGACAGAAUGAAGCCAUUUGAUGCGCUAGUGUUCUUUUUUAAACGGUCCCUGUAUAUCAACCACGUACACAAAUAUUUCUCCGUAAGAAGCCUCCCUGGACUGAACCGCUGUGUAAUAUACACCUGUUGAUAUGUAUAUGACUGUGUUUGUUUAUUACCUGUAGCCUCUCCCAUCCUCUUCUCUUUCUGUGAACACUUCUCAGCACUGUGGCUUGAGCAGUAGAAGCACUCGGCAAUUUUGUAACUCCAGCCUCUCCGAAUUGCUCUGUUAUGUUUUAUUGUAGUGACGGCUGCAGAGUGGAAGUUUUUUUUUCUUUCUUCUGAAAUGUAUAUAAUUCUCAAAUUGGAAGACUGUGGCUCCCUCCUCCUUCCCUUCUUUUUCCUUCUUUUACUUUUGAAGGUGAAUACUUCUGCCCCACCAGCGGGAAUCAUGCAGAUGGGUUUAUAAUUGUAAAUACGCUCACACUCCCUCUGAAUCCCUCUCUCUCUCUCUCUAUGCGUGUAGAUAUGUUUUUUGGCUUUCUUUCUCCACCCACGACAGCUGUGGGUGACUUAAUUAGCUAAAACUGAGCUGAAAUGCCCUUAGAGUUCUGAAACGGUAUUCACGUUUUUUUUUUCUUUUUUCUUCGGUGUAACACUCAGAAUACCGCUAACGUUUGUCAUCAUGCGCAUGGAGACGUGUAACGCGGCUGGCUUGUCUUACCCCCCCCCCCAGCUGAAACUAGAGAAAGUCGAGGUAAUCCAUACCCCCCCACCCCUUUCACCCCUGCUAAAGAUUUGCUUUGCAAUAUUAACAAGCUCAACCCCCACACACACAUUUCUGUGUUUACAUUUUUUGUCUUGCAGGAACUCUACAGUAAAAACUGGUGGUGUGCAAACUGGGGAAAAAAUUUUUAGGAGCACAUCUACUCAUUGGGAAGCGUUGAGUGAGCUCCUAAAUUGUUAGGAGCACAUCUUGGAAAAAAUGUUAGCACAGAGCCCUGUCUUUUGCCUCAUUCAUUCAUUCAUUCAUUCAUUCACUCAUUCAUUCAUUCCUGAAACUAACGGGUAGAAAUCAAGUCAUCUCACGCCCUUCUACUGUGAGAGACAGGGAAAACGACCCUUUCCUGGCCUGUUUGUGACCGAGCGAAAGUAAUACGCUAGCAGUUGCCUUAAACGCGCUAUCUCACGCUAACACAGUUCAGUCACUUCUUUUCCUCCUGGACUCCAUGUGUGCUGAGCAUCCAGACGUUUCACAACUGCGACGUCAUUCUCUCACGGAUACGGUAUGAUUGUUUUGUCCAUCUUUAACAUCUGUCUUCCAGCCGGAUCAUACUUUAAACCCGUCCUCUUCUUUCUAGUACGUACAGCGAAAAAAAAGGAAAAAAGAUUGAAAUAAAAGUUGAUGGCCUUCUGGU